AUGCCUCAUUGUCUGAAACGGAGCCGAAGGAUUCCGACUUUCUCCCGACAGCAGAAAAAACGAUUGCCGAACUUCUUCCGGAGUGGUCAAAAGCUAUCAAAGAGUGGGGAGUUUCACCAGUACGGUCUGGGUGCAGUUUACGCCUUACUAUUCUUUAUGAUAUCAAUGUGGCUAUGGAAACGUAUAAGACGAGUGCUUACUGGUAACCAAGGCAACAAAGUACCUAUUAUUGUUUUAAGCCUUCUUGGCUUUUUCUGUUUAACCAGAAGUUUGUGUCUUUGCAUUGAUGCUUGUCACUGGAGAAAAAUCACCCCGGUGGCUUUUGUUAAUGUUCUCUGGGGUAUUGGCCAACCGUGUCUCAUCGCGGUUUACACCUUGGUCUUCAUUGUAAUGCGAAACGCACUAACGCUCAAGCAGCAUUUUCAACAGUGGUACAACACAAGAAACAUAGCAAUAGCCACUCUACCGUAUUUUAUUUUUGCGCUAGCCGCAGAGCUCACUUUGUUAUUCGUACCUGCGUACAAAGGCCUCGCUUUUACUUGUCAGCUUUUGUACAUCUUGUUCGGCGUUUCUCUGACAGUAUUCUACGCAAUAAUAUCAGUUUUGCUCUGGAGAAGGCUCUCCAUCUCCAAAAAUCAAUGGGCAACGGACACGGCACGGGCCCGCGGCAAACGCAUCCGAGCAAUCGAGCGUGUAUUGCAGCCGCGUUUGGCGGACUCAGCAUCUGUGCCAUGCAAUUCUACGUCAUGACUAGCGUGUACGGCGUGUUUUCGAAUGCACGAAGCGUACCUGCUUGGCCGUGGUGGGCGUUCCAAACGACCUUUCGAGUGAUUGAGAUUUACAUGGUAGCAAUUCUCUGCUACGCUGUAAAUGACAGAGGAGUGGAUGCGAAGAAAGGUGAAAUAGCACCUUCAAGUAUUGUCUCAGAGACGCAAUUUAAACCCAAGUUGGUUGAAAUGAGUGAACAAAUAUAAUUGGCAAGAAGGUGAACCUAAAAACGUUUAUUAUAACUGUUGGACAUUUUUGCUUUAUCUGUAUACUUCGGUCAGUAUAACAAACAGGAACCCCCACCUUCCACCCUUUCAUCCCCUGAUCAAAGUUGGCGCGUUAAGCUGUAACCAACAGGAAACCGAACCAGCAUUGCCCACGGGGAGAUCUGGAAAGGUGGCGGGGGUGGGAGGGAGUGAGGAAGCUAGACAUUUUUAUUUCAAGACGUGUUUACUACGAGUGUCGCACAAAAGAGAAAAAUGUUGCUGGAAGAAACUGGCCACCUUUUCCGAAUUUUCCAGGCUUCCUUUUCAAAAUAAGUUUAAGUACAAAACUCUACGUUGCCAAGAAUUUUUCUUAUGCCCAGAAAAAUUCAUUUAAAUAUGAAAGGUUUUGAAUUUUCCCUCAUUUGGAAAGGGAUUUAGCCAUGUUAAAAUGGCCUAUCGCUAUUGUUGUGAUGGACUAUAUUCCAUUAACUUCUUAUGAUUAUGAAGGAAAAAUUGGAAACAAGAACUGUUAUUGAUAACAAACGAGGCCGCCAAACUAUGGCAAGGAAAGUAAACUGCUUUUAAAGUUUUAAUCACGAGCGUAACCGAAAUAAAAAGAUGGCGUGUACCGAAUCUAAGGUGUGAACUAGUUAACGCUUCCACAAUUGAUAGUGUAACUUGACGGUUUUAAAAAGCAAGCUCCACUGGGCGUGACGCCUUACUGGCCCAGCUCCUACACGAAGCCCUGAGAUCUCUAGUUCUGCUUUUAAAGUUUUAAUCACGAGCGUAACCAAAAUAAAAAGAUGGCGUGUACCGAAUCUAAGGUGUGAACUAGUUAACGCUUCCACAAUUGAUCGUGUAACUUGACGGUUUUAAAAAGCAAGGUCCACUGGGGGUGACGCCUUACUUGCCCAGCACGCACACCAAGCCCUGAGAUCUCUAGUUCUGGAAGUUAUAGCUGCAUUUGGUUUAUUUUCGUUUCAAAAUUAUCUGUUUCCACAGUAUACACGGUUAAGGAAAUCCUUAUUUCCAGAAACCCUUAAUUUGCCCUGCGACCAUGACUCACUUAACCGGAUUUAUGUCGAGUAAGUGUCGAGUAAGGUCGAGGUAAAUCAUUGACAUGCACAAGGGUCGAGCCCAUGACGUCACUCAUUGUUAUAACCAAGGGAAAAAGUGGAUUCCUCCAUAUCUAUGAGCGUCUCUCUUACAUAAUAGGAACAAUAGGCUUGCCCGGUAAGUAACUUUAACCCGGUUUGUCGGAUCGUCUAUUAAAAAAAUGGGAAUAAGAGGAGCGAUCACCUAGCAACGCGAGAAACGGCUUGUGUCUUCUUAUUUAGCGCUAAAAAUCGGAUAUAUAAAACAGAACAUACACACACAAAGUGAAGCUGAAAACUCUUUAUUUCAACUUUGACUGGCUCUUACAAAAGCAUUUUCUCCGUUCUGUCUUGAGGGGACGACAAACUAUUGAAGUCUCAGCCCUUGGUGAGUUUAUUGUCUAGUUUCAUGUGCCGUUAGUCAGUUAAUUAUGCGAGUUAACAAGCCCACAUUUGCAUACACUUUGGCUCUACAAUAAAACGGCGAACUCAAACUCCUUCAAAAUCGCUCAAAAAACCGUGAGGUAAUUCAACGUUUAUUUAACAUUGAUUUAUAUACAUACUUAGCGAUAUAUCGCUAUAGGUGAGGCAAAAUUAACAACGGUUACACACAGAUUGUGUGGGUCCCCUGUGGUUUGUUCGUACUUUUCGCUUUCAAAAAUUUUAGAUUGUUCAGUGUUCCCAAGUUAUCGUCUGUUACGCCGUGCAAGAGACUGACAGCAUAUUUUGGGACCACUUCUUCAUCACUAACCGUAGGGCGAACUAGAACAACGUAAAUUACUCUACAAUAUGUGCUCACCUUUCCUGUAUUAGUUAUGAAACUCACUCCUACGCUUUUCAUCCCAGAACAAUGCGGAUUCCGUAUUAAAUUGAGUUUUUGAACGGUUACCAAGCGUUUGGAAAAGUGUUCCGCUCCAAAAUCUUUCAGUCACCAGUGUUUAAACCUAAAGCGUAGACGCUCUACCCUUGUCUAGCGGACCGGAGGAAGUCGUCAAUCAAAAAGGACAUCGAAAGGACAAUUUCAACCCAGUGGUAUAGUAUACGCAUUAAAUUUGUGAACAACAAGGUGAACGUUGCAGCUACCUCGCGGACAGCUUCAAAUCGCUCAAGGCCGGAAGUACAUGAACGUAUGCGGAAAUCGACCGAAGUAUAAAGAAUUUCUGCUUUAAUAUACCAUGACUACAAAGUAUGAAUUACCCGAAGAAGCCGAUGUCAAACUACUGAGCAAUUUGGGAAAGGAAGUAGAAAUGAAGACCUUUAAAACAAACGUUCCCCCGAAGUUAGAGUGUGACAAAGAUCAAGUGCUGAAGAUAAAAAUUCUUUGCGUCGGGGACUAUACCGGGGGAGUGGGAAGAAAAGGGGUGCUUAUCAACGAUUAUCUGCAAGUCACACCACCGGUACCGACCCAUCUGAGACCACUAAUCGGUUGCGACUUUUACUUGAAAACAAUAAAAUGGGAAAAAGGCGGCGAUCACAAUCCAUGGCCAAUUACCAUCGAAUUACUUUUAUUUGAGCUGGCAGAACAAGAGUGCUUUACAUGCAUGACAAAUUUGUAUUAUAGGGACAGUCAUGGGGCUUUAGUAUUCUGGGGUCCGGGCAAUUCAUCCUCCCUGGAUGGGGCUCCGAAAUGGUUGAACGACGUGAACAGAGUUUGUCCAUCAAUCUCGUGCGUUCUUGUCACGGACAACACUUCAAAUAAGCCUCUGUACGGUCCUAAGGAGAAAUUCGAGAGUGAGAUGGCAUUUGAUCAGUUCUGGAAAGAUCACGGGUUUGUCGGUCAUUUUGAGAUCAAGUCCCGUGACUGGGAAUCUGGUGAAAAUAGCGUUUUCGGACAAGCUGUCAACUGUCUUAUUGAGAAGAUUUUAACUGAACGAACUUAAAAAGAGAAAAAACUUGGAUGAAGUGGAAUUACCCAUACAGAAUGCAAUUCACCUCUUUAUAACAACUGAAAUAAUGGAAUUAUUCUUGUACAUAAGGAAAACUGGUGGCCUGGUGUUACUGGUAGUUAAAAUGUCGACGCCGGAUCCUUGCCAUUACGUCAAAAAGAAACUUUACUCCUCUUCGUCUUUCUCCAUCAAGUUGAAUACCCUGCGAUGUAGUAUGCAGUUUACGCCUUACUGUUCUUUCUGAUAUCAAUGUGGCUAUUUAAACGUAUAAGACGAGCGCUUACCGAUAACCAGGGCAACAAAGUACCUAUUAUUGUUUUAAGUCUUCUUGGCUUUUUCUGUUUUACCAGAAGUUUGUGUCUUUGCAUUGAUGCUUAUCACUGGAGAAAAAUCACCCCAGUGGCUUUUGUUAAUGUGCUCUGGGGUAUUGGCCAACCCUGUCUCAUCGCCGCUUACACCUUGGUCUUCAUUGUAAUGCGAAACGCACUAACGCUCAAGCAGCAUUUUCAACAGUGGUACAACACAAGAAACAUAGCAAUAGCCACUCUACCGUAUUUUAUUUUUGCGCUAGCCGCAGAGCUCACUUUGUUAUUCGUACCUGCGUACAAAGGCCUCGCUUUUACUUGUCAGCUUUUGUACAUCUUGUUCGGCGUUUCUCUAACAGUAUUCUACGCAAUAAUAUCUGUUUUGCUCUGGAAAAGGCUCUCCAUCUCCAAAAAUCAAUGGGCAACGGACACGGCACGGGCCCGCGGAAAACGCACUCGAGCAAUCUUACGAACGUGUAUUGCAGCCGCGUUUGGCGGUCUCAGCAUCUGUGCCAUGCAAUUCUACGCCAUGACUAGCGUGUACGGCGUGUUUUCGAAUGCACGAAGCGUACCUGCUUGGCCGUGGUGGGCGUUCCAAACGACCUUUCGAGUGAUUGAGAUUUGCUACGCUGUAAAUGACAGAGGAGUGGAUGCGAAGAAAGGUGAAAUAGCACCUUCAAGUAUUGUCUCAGAGACGCAGUUUAAACCCAACGUGGUUGAAAUGAGUGAAGAAAUAUAA